AGAGAGAGAGAGAGAGAGAGAGAAAUUGCAGAUUCUCGUCUUCGCAUCGCUAUUGGUUUCCUCCUCGCCCUUUAGCGCACGCCGCGCACCUCUCACGCCCAAAUCAGCGAUGCUCGUACCUGGCGCAAGGCGAAGAUCCCUCAGCAUCAGGACCAGCGGCUCUCCAUGACGACUGAACCUCCAGCAUGGUCCAGAAAUCCCGCAACGGCGGGGUGUAUCCCGGCCCGCAAGCCGAGAAGAAGCUUAAGGUGGGCUUCGUGGGGCUGGAGGCGGGAGCGACGGAGUCCAGUCGAGACGGCGCGCUGCUCAUCGCGGGCGCCGAGGCGACAAAGCGCGGCAGCAUCUUGAGCAAACAGCGCUCCAGCAUCUCGGGCAAGAGGCCGCCGAAACGCAACGCUUUCUAUCGACGCUUGCAGAAUUUCCUCUACAAUGUGCUGGAGAGACCGCGCGGAUGGGCGUUCAUCUAUCACGCAUACGUUUUUCUGCUGGUCUUCUCGUGUCUGGUCCUGUCUGUCUUCUCCACCAUCAAAGAAUAUGAGAAGAGCUCUGAAGAUGCCCUUUAUAUACUGGAAAUUGUAACCAUAGUGGUUUUUGGAGUGGAGUACAUUGUGAGGAUCUGGUCUGCGGGAUGUUGUUGUCGAUACAGAGGAUGGCGCGGGAGACUGAAAUUCGCCAGGAAACCUUUCUGUGUUAUCGACAUCAUGGUCUUAAUUGCUUCUAUCUCAGUGUUGGCUGCUGGAACGCAGGGAAAUGUCUUCGCCACAUCGGCCAUCAGGAGUCUCCGAUUCCUCCAGAUUCUGCGGAUGAUCCGCAUGGAUCGUCGUGGAGGAACGUGGAAACUCUUGGGAUCUGUGGUCUAUGCACACAGCAAGGAGCUGAUCACUGCCUGGUAUAUUGGUUUUCUGUGUCUGAUCCUGGCAUCGUUUCUGGUGUACCUCGCUGAGAAAGACGACAAUGUGAUGUUUGAAACAUACGCUGAUGCUCUGUGGUGGGGUCUGAUCACUCUUACGACCAUCGGCUACGGUGAUAAAUAUCCAAUAACCUGGAACGGACGGCUUCUCGCAGCGACCUUCACCCUGAUCGGCGUGUCCUUCUUCGCCCUUCCCGCUGGAAUCUUGGGUUCUGGGUUUGCUUUGAAAGUUCAGGAACAACAUCGACAGAAACAUUUCGAGAAACGCAGAAAUCCAGCCGCUGGCCUCAUUCAGGCUGCAUGGAGGUUUUAUGCAACAAAUCUGAAUCGUACAGAUCUCUACUCAACGUGGGAUUAUUAUGAGAGAACUGUUUCAGUACCCAUGUACAGACUCAUACCUCCUCUGAACCAGCUCGACCUACUGAGAAAUCUAAAGAGUAAAUCUGGGCUCUCCUUCAGAAAAGAUGCCCAACCUGAACCGUCACCCAGUCAGAAGGUGAGUUUGAAAGAGCGCGUGUUCUCCAGCCCGAGAAACUCGGCUAAUAAAGGGAAGAAUUCACCUCAGAGUCAGCUGCCGAUCCGUCGCUCACCCAGUGCAGAUAACAGCAUUGAAGACAGUCCAUCUAAAGUACCCAAAAGUCUGAGCUUCAGCGAUCACCGCACUCGAGCCAGACAAGCCUUUCGAUUUAAAGGAGCGGCGUCACGCCAGAAUUCAGAAGUUCUCAUUGAGAUGCAAGAGGAAGAUUUGAGACACAGGAACUCCCCAGAAGCCAGUCUGCCUGGAGACGAUAUUGUUGAUGACAAUAAAAGCUGCCAUUGUGAGUUUGUGCCUCAGGAUUUAACGCCGGGACUUAAGGUCACCAUCAGGGCUGUGUGCAUUAUGAAGUUUAUGGUGUCCAAGCGAAAGUUUAAAGAGAGUUUACGGCCGUAUGAUGUAAUGGAUGUUAUAGAGCAGUACUCUGCCGGUCAUCUCGACAUGCUGGCUAGGAUUAAAAACCUUCAAUCCAGGUUAGAUAUGAUAUUGGGUCCGCCGGGCCCCGGCACCCCUCGCCCAAAGAAGUGUUCAAGCCAAGGAACCAAAGAGUCGCCUCAGUACUCGACUAGAGUGGAUCAGAUUGUUGGUCGAGGUGCUGCAAUGACAGAUAAAGACCGUCCUAAAGGAGUAACUGAGUCUGAAAUGCCUGAAGAUCCCAGCAUGAUGGGAAGACUCGGAAAGGUGGAGAAACAGGUGAUGUCUAUGGAGAGAAAACUGGAUUUCCUGGUGAACAUCUACAUCCAGCGAAUGGGCAUUCCACAGUCUGAGACUGAUGCUUACUUUGCUUCCAAGGAGCCCGACCCGGCGCCUCCGUACCACAGCCCGGUGGACCACAUGGAGAAGAGCGGCUCCAUUAACAAAAUCAUCCGCUCCAACAGCGCCGCAGGCCAGAAGAACUUUGACCCGCCCCCCUCCACCUGCAUCAACCACCACUGCCCGCCGUCAACAUCCUGGCAUGCGCAAACCCUCCCAACACCCAGCCGACAGGGUAGUCGGGGCACCUCGCCCGUGGGUGACCCGUCGCUUGUCCGCAUCCCUCCGCCUCCGGCCCACGAGCGCUCUUCUGGCGCUCACAACGGGAGUUCCCGAAGUUCCGGGCAUCAUCAUUCUCGAGGAGGUGGAGGCGGGAUGGAGGACGGACGCCCGUUGGCUCUUUCACAGCGGCAGCCAGGAGCGGAGAGUGACACGUCCAUAUCCAUCCCCUCGGUGGACCACGAGGAACUAGAACGCUCCUUCAGUGGCUUCUCCAUCUCUCAGUCCAAGGAAAACUUGGACUUUCUCAACAACGCCUAUUUUAGCGGCGUGUCGCGGUGCGCUAAAGUCAGACCCUACAUUGCCGAGGGCGAGUCGGACACGGACUCCGACCUGUGUGCCCCCUCUCCACAUUCUGCCACUGGAGACGGUGCCUAUGGAGACAGAGGUUGGUCUGGUGGUCCCAAGUAGAAAGAAACUUUACAAAGUAGGAUUUAACCCAACCGAGAGCAGCGUGUGGAGCAAGGACACGCGAGACUGUGGGCAGUAAGCUGCACGUGUGUUUAAAAAGAAAUCUCACAAACGCAGCUUCGUGACCAGUAGGACCGUGGAAACGCCAGCAACCGAAGUCUGAGAAUGUCUGCUUCUGAAGUCUGGACAAAAGGUCUUUGUGAUAAAGCUGAGAGUCAAGCACUUGCUUAUUCAUCAGCUCUUACCUGGCCGUACGGCCGAGAGAGACGGGUGGUAACAUGAGGAUGGAUGAGAGACAUCUGAAGACGAAGGAAAGAGAGAAAUAAUGUCUUUAUCAUUUCAUAUGUGGUGCAUUUUCAUCCUUAAGAACACAUGUUAAGGAUUCACACAUUGUCAAUGUGUGUCUUGUGCUGGUUAAAGAAACACUCACCUCUGGUUAAAGAAAUACUCACUCAUGUCAUUUCAAACACUUACGUGAAACACUUCUAUACCCACAGAAUCAAGUCUUAUAGAAAAAAAACAGCAGAGCUCAUACUGUAGGUUGUUUUUCCAAGCAGCUUAUUAUGACCUAUUCUGGGUCCAAGCAAACAGAUUUCAAAAGAAACUACAAUCAUUUGCGAUCGGUACUUGUUUAUAACAUUUAGGCUAAGCUUUUAUAAACUCAUGGUGUUCACUACAGUCUACUUUAGUGUCAAGGACGCUAACAUUUUAAUGCUUCAUUAACUCUUUUCCCGUCAUUGACAAGUUAACUCCUCAAAUAAGAGAAAAUGCUUCCAAGUGACAAGUUUUUCCGCCAAUCCAUAUUUUUUUCUAUUAUUCAGCAGAUGGCACUCUUACCCAACUUAUAAAACCUGGAAGCAGCCCCUUAGGGCAAAAAUUUCAAACUCUGAAUCAGAUUUCUAUCAGAAGCUUUCAAAAACGCAAUUAUUUCAAUUUUGGUAUUUUUAAAAAAACCUACCCAUAUUUGAUAGGUGAUAAAAAGAGAACAAAUCAAGGUAGGAUCAAUGUUUUUUUUUAUGGAAGGCUGAAAAUCAUAAAAAAUGCUGUGGCUGGCUGGUAACUUUUUUAAAAACGCUGGCAGGGAAAGAGUUAAAAAUUAAUCGCUGUAUUGCUAUCUGGAACUUCAGUAUGGAGAUUUUUUUGUUGUUUUUAAAGCUCACUGAGUGUCUAUUAGUAUUUUUUGUUGUUUGCUUAAAGGCGCAAAAGAGGAUGUUUCCGCCGACUGAGAAUCCAAAAACUGUUUACUGAGUUUUUGAAAUGAGCGAAAAACUGUUUACUGAGUUUUUGAAAUGAGCGUGUGCUCGUGUACGAGUAUUGGAACACGAGUGUUUGUUUGUUUUCUCCUCUUCUCAG